AGGAUGCUGCUAUUAAAGUUACACCGAAGAUGCCGUCGACGUUCAACGAGUUCAUGGGACACUUGGAGCCGCGCGAUGAAACCUGUGCCGCACAGUUGCAAGCAGUGCACCCGUUGAAGCAAUCCGAGUUAAAUUACAAUCAACACCGUCACAAUCUCAACAUGCAGAUGCUACGAAAGCAUGAAGGACUAGCGGCUCCGCUGAAGAUGGCAAUGGAGCUGAAAGCAGUCUCAAAGGUCGGUCAUUUGCCGUUCCUUCCGUCGACAAAUGUAGCUCGCGAUGUACUGACCGGUCGUGAUGAAAUGAUUGAAUUCUCGGAUAUAUUCAACUUGGAGGAACACCAAGAGCUGUUGCGUCAACCGCACGCAGUAAUGGAAAAGGUGUUGGGCAUGUAAACACACUUAU